UGUGAAUAAUUUAACCCUAAUUUUUGUCAUCAACAGUUCCGAUUUUUUCUUUCUCCAUCAGAUUCGUUUUAUUUCAAGAUGACGUAUAGUGAGUCACACAUUAUUUGCUGUUGGCAGCAUUGUGUACAAUUUAUCUGCCAACACAGUUUACAUUUAAAAAUGUAUGAAACAGAAUGCACUUUAAUCCAUUUCAGUGUGGGAAGCAAGUAAAUACUUUUCACAGGAAUAUUAUACAGGUGUGUUAUACAAGUGUUACAAAGGACGGUAAUUCUAUAUAAUAAUAAAUCAGAGUAAACACAUAUAUAAAUAUAUCAUUAAAUCACAGCGAUAAUUUUCGCUGAAUGGAUACGCCCACAAAAAUCUAAGGAGAUUGAGUUUACAAUUUAUUUGCACUUUUUAAUAAUUCCGGAAAUACAUUUAAUAUCAAUUAUUAAAAGUCAAAAUAAUUCAAGAUGGGUAUACCAGGUUUAACAACUUAUAUUCGAAAUCAUUCUGAACAAUUUCUUCGAUCAUUUGAUUUGCAUGAUACAUAUUUGGUUAUUGAUGGUAGUAGUAUUGGAUGUCAAUUAUAUACUUGCUGUACAAAAUGUAAUUCUGCAUUUGGUGGUGAUUAUGAUAUAUAUGCUGAAUACGUGAGACAUUUUUUUUGGAAACUCAAAAAAUGCAAUAUAACACCAUUAGUUCUACUAGAUGGUGGUUAUGAAACUAGAAAAACAAAAACUAUAAUGAAACGUUUACGUGAAAGAUAUCAAGCAGUUGAAUCUUUUACUCUAUCCAGUCAAAAUAAUACACAUUUAUUUCCUAUUUUGAUGUUCUGCAUCUUUAAAAGUAUUCUGAAAGAAAUGAACAUUAAAUAUAUUCAAUGUUUAUUUGAAGCUGAUAAUGCUAUAGCUAGUGUAGCUAAACUUUUAAACUGUCCUGUACUUAGUAGUGAUUCUGAUUUUUAUAUUUAUGGAACAUUGUACAUACCAUAUUAUACAUUACAAAAUUAUAUAAGAAAAUGGAGAAAAUAUGUAAUACCUUGUAAAAUUUAUAAAGUAGAAACUUUUUUAAAUAUAUUUAGUGGAUUGACUGAAUCACUAUUACCCUUAGCUGCUAUUUUGCUAGGGAAUGAUUACAUACAACAAUACGAAUUCAAAAAUUUUUAUAAGAACAUAAAAUUGCCAAACAUUGGACGAAUUAAUUUUAAUUUACAACAAUGUCGCAUAGAGGGUACUUUAAAUUGGUUAAGUAAACAUACAUUAAACGAGGCUAUAAUUCUAAUAAUGAGAACAGUGCCACAGGAAAAUAAAAAACAAACGUUUAGAGCAAUUGAGAUGAUCAUAAAUGAAUAUACCAGUAUAUCAAUAAAUAUCUUGGAUCAAUUGGAUUUUUCCAAAGAAGAUAUGGAUAAAAUCAUUUCGCAAAAUACAGAAAAUAAUUGCAAGUUUCAAAGAGAUAUAAAUGACCUAAUAAGAGAACUAUCAAAAGAAUAUAAAGAUAUGAUUGAAUAUGAUUUGGAGACUAUACAUGAUGCUUUUAUUAAUAGUUUACCCUCUUGGUUCAUUAAUGAAUUUUCUAAAGGUUCAUUAACAAAUUAUUUUAUGAAUAUAUUAAUGCACAAAUUAUAUAUAUAUCAUGUACAAAUUGAAGAUUAUCGUCAACCUUCAAGUAUAUUUAUAAGUGAAAAAAUUAUUAAUGUUAUAUAUACAUUACUUAAAUCAGAAUUUGAACAAACAAAUAAAUCUUCAGAAUACAUAACUAGAGGACAAAAUAAUCAAUUAUCUUAUUAUCCACUAAAAUAUAUUGAUAAUAUUAGUUCUUGUAAAAUUCCAUCUUUGCACGAUCUCAGAAAAAUCCCAUUCGAUAUAAGGAAAGAAAUUUAUGAUAAUACUUUAGAUAUACAACAUGAUUUUAUAGUUAAAUUUCCUGAAAAUUGGAGAUUGUAUAUUGCAACAGCAAAAUAUUGGAUAGAUAACUUACCAGAAUUAAAAUCAAAUACUCAUAUAUAUGCAUUGCUGUUUGCAAUGUUAUAUCAUAUCAUUGAUUUGAAAAUUGGGUAUUGUAGAUCUAUGCAUAUAUUUGAAAAUAAAUAUAAACAAAAAUUGGAAGCAAUAAAAUCUUCAAAAAAAAGAGAUCUAGUAAAAAACAAUUUUUUUUCAUUAGACUGUUCCUCAGAAAUAAGUAUUAUAGAAGCUCUUAAUGAAAUUACGGAAUGUGACUGUUUAAUAUUAGCACCAUUUUUUAUAUCUAAUAGUAAUAUGGAGAUCAAACUUCAAAAAAAUCCAAAAAAUUUUAAACGAUCAGUUAUUCAUAUAUUUGCACAAUUUCAAAGUUGUUUAAAACAUAGUAUAGAUCUAAAUGCAUUACUGGGUCAUCCAUAUCAACUUACGAAAGUUUCUGAUAUGUUUAAUGGUACCUUAUUGUAUAAUCUAUACAAUAAUUUUAAAAGUCGUAAGAAAAUAGAAGAUUAUAUAUAUUGUAUACUAAAGUAUUCUCCAAAUUUUUUCCGAUUAUACCAUACAAUUUUAAUUGAAGUAAAGUCAAUGUUUAAGUUACGUUUUUAAAAAUGUUUGGUCUUACAAAAAAGAAAAAAAUUUAUAUUUGAUACAUAUGACAUAAUGGAUAACAAAAUAUUAAUACAUAGAUUCGUUAUUAUUAUAGUUAUUAAUAUCUUAUGUAUACAAAUAUAUUUUAUAUCUAUAAUAUUUUAUAAAUUACUUUUUAAAUUUAUGAAAAUAAAAAAUUGAGUAAAAAUAUCAUAAUUUUAUUAAUUUCUUUAAUUUAUUAAUUUCUAUCGUGUUUUUAUUAGUUUGGAAUUAUACACAAUAAUUAUAUACAUAUAUUUCCAUUAUAGUAGUAAAUUAAAUUAAAUUAUAUAAAAUGAUAAUAAAGAGAUAAAAUAUAAUGUAAUUUUGUAUAUAUAUAUGCUAUAAAUAUUUAUAGUAAAUUAAUAUAUAAUUGAAUGUAUAAUCUCCAAUGUAUACAUUAUUGUAUACAUACUCCAAAAACACUGUUCUUGUAAGUUAGGCACAAUUGGUUUUCUAUUUUUUCUAAAUAACGUUAAUCGCAUGUUAAUAAAGUAUAGAUUUGUUGUUACAAUUGCGAUUGACAUGAUUUUUUUUAAAUAAUCAAUUUUCUAGCUUGUUUAUCUAGUAUUUUUGAAAUAGUAAAAUGAAAUACUUUCAUAAAGAAAUAAAAGAAAAAUUUUCUUACAGUGUAACAAAGAUCUCAAAAUGCAGUGAAUGCCGUCUCGAUUGUGUUAGCAUCUUGUAGCAAUGUCGGAAUACAAAAUUGAUCAUGUCCAAAUUUUGUUAUUAAUCCAACGCGUACAGCAUAUUUCAAUUUUGGAAUAAGUUCUGUUAACUUCUACAGCUUCGCGUAUCAUCUGUGGUGUUACCGGUAUUAACUUUUGACUUGCUUUAAAAUGAUCUAGAAAAAAAUAAUAUUUCUUAUUUAUAUAAUAUAUAUAUAUAAUCUAAAA